AGGGAGGGAGGCUGGUGAAGCCACGGAUAUUCAUGAAGACGCCAAGUGUUUUUGUUCUCUCGCUGUGGUGACACGCUGAUAGUCUGCAGAGAGAUGGAGGGAGCGAGGAUGAGACAAGGGGAAGGAGACGAGUGAAAGCAAGACGAGGCCCAGCCCAUCUUGCCAUUGAUCUUGAGGUGAUCAAGGGGACUCUACACCGAAGAGGACACACUGACAAGGAUUUGUGGAUGGAUCCUGGCAUAUUAAAACCUGGAAUUUUGACAUCUGGACUUCUUAGAUAAACCAAUCCUAUUGGACACUUCUCCCUAUGCAGAAUUUGGAUCUGACUAACUAAUCAAGCAACGGAAAACUUAUAAGUCUCCCACGAGCUGGAUCUGGAUUAGUGGUUGUUGCAUUCAUGUGGGAUCAGGUUUACAACUUGGAAAUGUCAUGCGAACAAUACUUCAAGUCGGAUAAACAUUUUAGGAAUUUGGGAAAAUGUUUUCUUCAGCACUGACAUCAUGAACUCUGACCUGGAUAUACCAUUGGCUUGUCUGUCCAAAACAAGACGACAUACAGGCGGACUUAUUUUUUCCCCAGAAACUUAUAGCAUACGCUAAAAUGGAGUGAGAGUUUUCUUUUGUUCCACCUUUGGCUUGUUUAAAAAAAAAAAGAUCCAAACAAAGGCUUCCAACUCGGACAGAACCUGGACCCUCAAAGGGGCACUUCAAUGCACCUUUAGCAUUUAACGGCAGGUUGGGCGCCCUGUGUCAGCUAUCUGAAGACUGUGGUGGGGACAGAGGUGGUUGGCUGGCUGAGUCAGCUCUAAUGGGGGCCGGUUGUGAACCGGUCUGACCCCGGUUUGACCUUGCAGUGACCUUUGACCUCCGGUCCUGGCUCUCCACCUGCUCUGCUGCCUGGGUUCCGGAACGCUCCGCCCUGGGGCCCAGAACGAGCCAAUCAGGAUGAAGAAGAGCCGCAGCGUGCUGUCUGUGACUGGAGAAGAGGGUAAUGACACAGAUAUAACAGGUUCUGGGGAGAAGGCGGAGUCAUCUCGAUACAGCCGAUCUUAUACGUCUGGGGCCACAUUGGGGGCUGAGCUACGCAGAGGGAGGAGCAGAAGACUCUCAUCUAGUCUCCAGGUACCCUGCUGGCUCCGCCCUCGAGACCGCACUCGUUCACCGGAGGUCCUGAGCAACGUGACACGUCCAACAACUCUCCCCCUCCGCAUCCCGCCACGCAUCUCCAUCACACAAGCAGACACUGAUGGUUACGAAGCAGAAAAUGGCGUGUCACCAGGUCACACCCCUCUGGGUUCGCAGAGUCCAAGCCUCACCCUGCACACCCCCUUUCCCCACGGCCAGAGAAGAGAGUCCUUCCUUUACCGUUCAGACUCGGACUACGACAUGUCGCCCAAGACGGUCUCACGUAACUCCUCUCUCGCCAGCGAAGGGCACACCGGAGAGGAUUUCAUUGUCACACCUUUUGCUCAAGUAUUGGCCAGUCUGCGAUCAGUACGGAGCAACUUCACCAUUCUUGCCAACCUCUCCACACCACCAGUCAAAAGGUCUCCUCUGGACGGAGUGUGUGUCAGUCCCAGGGCGUUACUAUCAGACCAGCAGUACCAGCAGCUCGCUCUGGACACACUGGAGGAGCUGGACUGGUGCUUGGACCAGCUGGAGACCAUUCAGACACACCGCUCAGUCAGCGAAAUGGCCUCCAACAAGUUCAAGAGGAUGCUGAAUAGAGAGCUGUCCCACCUGUCAGAGAUGAGUCGCUCUGGUAACCAGGUGUCUGAAUACAUCUCCAGCACCUUCAUGGACAAGCAGAACGAGGUGGAACCCCCGUCCCCUACUCUGAAAGACAAAUCUAUGAGUCACAUCAGCGGAGUGAGGAAGCUGUCUCACAGCUCCAGCCUCUCCAGUUCUUCAAUGCCUCGCUUCGGUGUCAACACGGACCACGAGGAUGAGCUUGCCAAGGAGUUGGAGGAUUUGGACAAGUGGUGUUUUAACAUAUUCAGAGUAGCAGAAUUCUCCAACAACAGACCUCUCAGCUGCAUCAUGUACACCAUCUUCCAGGAGCGAGAGCUGUUGAAGACAUUUCGUAUCCCAGUCGACACCUUUGUCACUUAUGUAAUGACCCUAGAGGACCAUUACCAUGGAAACGUAGCGUACCACAACAGCCUCCAUGCGGCAGACGUCACCCAAUCCACACAUGUCCUCCUGUCCACACCUGCUCUUGAUGCUGUCUUCACUGACCUGGAGAUCCUCGCUGCUCUGUUCGCUGCAGCUAUCCAUGAUGUAGACCACCCCGGAGUUUCCAAUCAGUUCCUCAUCAACACCAACUCGGAGCUGGCCCUUAUGUAUAACGAUGAGUCCGUUUUGGAGAACCACCACCUUGCUGUAGGCUUCAAGCUUCUGCACCAGGAAAACAGUGACAUCUUCCAGAACCUCACCAAGCGACAGCGCCAGAGCCUUCGCAAGCUCGUUAUUGAUAUGGUGUUGGCCACAGACAUGUCUAAACACAUGACCCUAUUGGCCGAUCUGAAGACCAUGGUGGAGACCAAGAAGGUGACUAGCUCUGGUGUGCUGCUUCUGGACCACUACACAGAACGGACCCAGGUGCUGAGGAACAUGGUGCACUGUGCAGACCUGAGCAACCCCACCAAGGCGUUGCCAUUAUACAGACAGUGGACGGAGAGGAUCAUGGAGGAGUUCUUCCGACAGGGUGACAAGGAGCGAGAGAGAGGGAUGGAGAUCAGCGCCAUGUGCGACAAACACACCGCCAUCGUAGAGAAGAGCCAGGUGGGUUUUAUUGACUACAUCGUCCACCCGCUGUGGGAGACGUGGGCUGACCUGGUGCACCCGGACGCCCAGGAGCUGCUGGACACGCUGGAGGAGAACAGGGAGUGGUAUGUGAGCACCAUGCCCCAGUCUCCCUCGCCUCCCCCGGACAGACACCUACAGCACGACCGCUUCCAGUUCGAACUCACCCUGGAGGACCUGGAACACAACAACCACAACCACGUUCACCUGGGGAGCAAUGGCGGGACAGACAUCUGCAAUGACAUCGGCGUCUCAGACCGAACACACGGCGGUGGAGAAACAGAGAAAGAAGACGAGCAGAAUCACAACAGCAAGCACAACGGAGUCCAGGGUGAAGAUGAGGAGGAGAAUGGAGAAAGAGAGGGAGAAGGAGAAGAGGAGGAGGCGAAGGAUAACGGAGAGGAAGAGGGGGAGGAGACUGUAGAAGGAGAGGAGGAAGAAGAAGAGGAGGCGAAGGAGAAUGGAGAGGAAGAGGGGGAGGAUACUGGAGAAAGAGAGGGAAAAGAGGGGGAGGCGAACAAGAAUGGAGGGGAAGAGGGAGCGGAGACUGGAGAAGGAGAGGAGGAAGAAGAAGAGGCGGCAGAAAUGGAGGACAAAGUUGAGGUCGGAGAAACAGCAGAUGUCGAAGAGGAAGAGGAGAAAGGAGAGUUGGAAGAAGCAGAAGAGGAGGAGGUGCCAGUUGAGGAUGAAGCUGGAAAGGAGGAAGAAGAUGAAGAUGAAAGUUAGUUGGGUGUAAAAACAUAAAUUGACAGGCUCAGCGAAGAAAGGUUAACGAGAGAUAAAAAAAAAAGAAAAGAAAGUGUGGCCGGAAAAGGCAUCGACACAUGUCAGGGAGACUGUCGAGGAGGAGGAAGAGCUGAAGAUGCACUUCUUUCCAGAUAACGGUCUCUGGCCCCUUUAUCGAGUGACGCUCUCAGCUGAAAGCUCAACUACAGACGUCUUAAACCAACUUCCCAGCUCGCAGGCGGACAGCAAAGCACGGGACACAAAUACAAAACCUCCGCCGGAGCAAAAGCCUUCCUGAAGGGCCAGAUCGUUGCGGCGUCUUGAUGAACUGGUAGUGCCAGAAAGACUUCACGUCUUCAUCAGCCGGUAUCUGUACAUUCAUCACUGCCAUAGGGAAUGAAAUGGGGGACAUGAAGAGGGGGGGGGGGGGAGGGGAAUCUGUUUUCCCUACCUUUUGAGCUCCUAAACUUAAAAUGAAAAUGCGCACAUGCAAAUAAGCGCGUGCCUGUUCUCCCGAUCUCAUGGACUACUACCCAUCAUCUCUCUGUCACUGUCUUGUUUAUGAGGAAGAUAACCACACAUACACACACACACACACACACACACACACACUCACAAACAGACCAAAAAACUGUUAAAAGAAUGUCAACUUCCUCUUCUUUUGUCAGAAAAAAAAAAGUCUGGAAAGUGUCCGUCGUCUUAUAUUUACUACAUCUUUCCACUUGUGAUCAGGAUGCUGAGAACAGAUUUGGGCUCUGGUCUAGGAACAGUUCAACCUCCUCACAUACUAACCUUAAAGCAACGAUGCUGGAUUUCAGAAUAAUAUCUGGACUGUUUUGUCAAAGUAGAAACUUUCGCUGUCCAGCUCAAAAGGCUGAGCUGUUGUACAUGUCGAUGUCAGUUCAUGUUAAAAAAAAACAAACAAACACCCAGUAUUCAUCCCUUCACGACAGUUUCACCACUCCCAGACUGUGAGUUUGAUUCCCGGGUGAAUCGUGCCAAACUGACCCAGGACCAGCACUGAGCAAUUAAAGCCUUCCUUCAAACAAGGUGGCUACUUGUCUGUGAAGCAAUGAACCGUGGGACCAGGGUAACGGGUGUGAUGGUCUUCCACAAAUCCCUUUUUUUCUUUGUUUUGUUUUUUGUAAAAAUGGUAUUUGGCACUUUAUCUAACACCCCUGUUACAUAUAUGUACAUAAAAAAAAACAUGUAUUUUAAUCUGCUGAUGUCAUAAUAAAUGAUCAAUAAAGUUGA